UGUGCGUGUGGCGUCCAUCAAUGUGAUUGCGUGUAUGCGGCGAGUAAUUUGCAGUUCAUCUUUAAUCCAUUAAUUUACUUUAUUAUCCAUAUAAAAAUGGCAGAAAAUGAGAAAAUUAAGAAAAAAGAUAAAAAAAAAUCUCUUGGAGAGAUUCAAGCUAUUAUGGAAUGUGAAAUUAAACCGUCCACUGAAGAGGUAAAAUUAAAUUGCGAGGAUUGGCCACUUUUAUUUAAGAAUUUUGACAAAAUGUUUACUCGGACGAAACAUUUUACUCCCUUAACUAGUGGUUCUACCCCACUUCAUCGCUCAUUAUCUGAAUAUAUAAAAUCAGGUUGUAUCAAUCUUGAUAAGCCUUGCAAUCCAUCAUCACAUGAAGUCGUAGCUUGGAUAAAGAGAAUUUUAAAAGUAGAAAAAACUGGUCAUUCUGGUACUUUGGAUCCUAAAGUAUCAGGUUGUUUGAUUGUGUGUAUUGAUAGAGCAACAAGACUAGCAAAAUCCCAACAAUCAGCAGGAAAAGAAUAUGUGGGAGUAUUUAAACUCCAUUCAGCACCUGAAAGUGUUCAAAAAGUACAUCAAGCAUUAGAGAAGUUACGUGGUGCAUUGUUUCAAAGGCCUCCUCUUAUAUCUGCAGUUAAAAGACAAUUGCGUGUUAGAACUGUCUAUGAAAGCAAGUUUUUAGAUUAUGAUGAAGAACGUAAUAUGGGAGUAUUUCAUAUUAGUUGUGAAGCUGGUACAUAUAUCAGGACUAUAUGUGUUCAUCUUGGGCUCUUCUUGGGCACUGGUUGCCAAAUGCAGGAUUUACGAAGAAGUCGUUCUGGUAUUCAAUCUGAAAAAGAUAAUAUGGUGACUAUGCAUGAUAUUCUUGAUGCCCAAUGGUUAUAUGAUAAUCAUGGAGAUGAAUCCUACUUAAGAAGAGUAAUAAAACCAUUGGAAGCACUUCUCGUAAAUCAUAAAAGGAUAAUUGUCAAAGACAGUGCUGUAAAUGCAAUUUGUUAUGGAGCCAAAAUAAUGUUACCAGGCAUUCUGAUGUAUGAUGAUGGUAUUGAACUUAAUCAAGAAAUUGUAAUUGUAACUACGAAAGGCGAAGCUAUAGCACUUGGUGUAGCAUUAAUGACAUCUCCUACAAUGACUGCUUGUGAUCAUGGUGUAGCAGCUAAAAUUAAACGUGUUAUUAUGGAAAGAGAUGCAUAUCCAAGGAGGUGGGGUCUGGGACCUAAAGCGUCGAUAAAAAAACGAAUGAUAAUUGAAGGGAAAUUAGAUAAACAUGGUAAACCAAAUGAAAAUACACCUGCUGAUUGGUUACAGAAUUAUGCUGAUUAUUCUAGUACAGUUGAUGUCAAGUCUGAAAAUAAUGGAGUAACAGAAGUUGCUGGUAAAAAAAGAAAAUAUGAAAGUACAGUAAGUGUUACAGAAGAUAUAGUUAAAAAGGAAAGUGAAGAUCAGGAAUUAACUUCGCCGAAAGAAAAAAAGAAAGAAAAGAAAGAUAAAAAGAAAAAGAAAAAGGAAAAGGAAAAGGAAAAGGAAAAGGAAAAACAAGAUAUAGAAGGUGAAGAUUCUGAAAAAAUUGAAGAAAAAGAAGGUGAAACUAUGGAUGUAUCUGUAAAAGAAGAAAAGAAAAAAAAGAAAAAGAAAAAGGCUAAAGAACAAGAAACUGCACUUUCGAGCUAGUUUAAUCUACUUUUUUUUUUUUUUUUUAAUUCUAAAAAAUUUUUUGUAAUAAUAUUCAUAAAAUCCCACAAACAGUAUAGAAAUACUAUUAAGAUAUCUUUAUAACAUUUUAGUCUUUUUCAAUUUUAUUUAAAAGAUGUCAUCAUUUAAACACUGAUGAGAAUAAUUUGAUAUUCAGAUUAUGAUGACAUUGAGUUUUAAAUAAGAAUGUAAUUAUACAAACGAAUAUUAUCUUGUAAGAUAAAUUUUUCCACGAAACGAACAACUUUAUACAAUACGUGAUCUAAAGUUUAAUGAUACGAAAUCAGAUUCUCUAUGUUUUGAUGCAUUUGAAGAUAUGUAUAUUCUAUGAUGUAAUAUACAAAUAGUUUGAGCAACUAUAACAAUCCUUUAAAAAGGAUUAUAAGGAGUUAGUAUUUUACUGCAAUUGUUCCAUGUAUAUACAUACAAAAUACAAUUACUACAAACAUC